UAAAUCCUCCACGCUUUUCCAGACCUGCUCUAUCUCUUAAGGGAGACCAAACUUGGGAAGAUCCUAGUCAGAUCGCCUCAAAUUCAUCGAGGCGUACCAAAAUGAUGGCCAGGAUUGUCAGGCUCUGAUAAAGGGGACGAUGGGGCCUGGGAAUUUCAACAAGUUGACUGAGAAUCUUUCAUCAGCAAAUGGUCAAGUAUGAUUUUAGCAGGCCCUUCCCUGGUUAUGCCCCUCCUUCUGGUCAUGAGAAAACUUCACAUGUCCCUGGAGACAUCUCCUGCCCCCAGAUUAUUCUAUCACUCUCUGUCUCUCUUGCAAACUCUCUUUCUCUCCCUGUGCAUCUGAAUGACAGAUUUUGAAUAUCGAAUUAGUCAGAACAGUAAAAGAAGAGACAUACAGUAGAACUUCAAAAUUUUAGACGUUCCAUGAAUAAAUAAACAGCUCUCCUAGCAUUCUAAACAUUCGCUCAACAACCAAGACCUUUGGAUUUGGCUAGAACAUGGCUUUGAACAAAAGUUCAUGAUGCAGGUCAGCACAUUCUCUUCAGCAUCAUCAAAGAAGUGAUUAACUUUAGUUUAUGUAAUGCACAGAGGAAAUGUUCAGAAUGUUCAUUUAAUCUGAAAAAAAUUGUGGACAUCAGUACCAAAUGAAAACUGGUUAAUGCACAUAAUUCGUUGUAGCUUUCAGUUUUCAUUUUAAAUGUCAAGACAAAUUUGUCUCUGUGGUCAUGCAUGAUUGUUUAAAUUACACUGUAAUUAUGGACUAGUCAACUAACUAAACAUACUUAACUGAAGCAUCACAACUUUCCCUAUGUGCUUUGUCUCCAUGACAUGUUAUGGGAAAUUAACACACUUUGCUAAACGUUUAAAGAGGUAGGAUAUUACUGAACACACACGUGGCUUUUUAUUUGCUGUAAAUGUUUGUAAAAACAGGUGUGUUUGUAUUUAUUUAGGAUUGUUUUAUAAGCGUUAAAAACCGCAAAUGGAACUCGUGUGAGAACGGGGAUAAAUUACGAGUAAUUGUGUAGUGCUUCCCUCUAGUGGCAAACGAUUAAAGUGCAGUUAAGCAAAUUGUCCAUUAGAAAGCCUAGUUGACUAGAUGCAACAUGAUCAGAGUUGUGAAGUUUUGCUUAUGGAUGGCCGCUGUCUUUAAUAUUGCUGUACUUAAAAAAAUACAGACAAGAUGCGUUUAAAGGGGUUAAAGCUAAACUCUUCACGAGCAGGACUGGACAACUCCGAACAUGGCCCUGAAGAAAAACGUAGAAGUGUUUCAUUUAAAGUCACGUUUGGUUCCUUGGUUUUCCUACACCCUAAUGAGUCAUUAGCUGGAACUCUUUAUACUGUUUAUAUAACAAAACCUUUAAAGGCCAUAGGGCCUCCGGCUUGCAAAAUAUGUUUUAGACAGAUUGUGUCAAUAUUUAUAUUUAUAACUGAAGGACUGGACGAGUAAUUACAAACAUUUCAAUUAAUAACGAUGCCUACCAGAGCGCACAUAAUGCAGCAAUGCGAGUAAAGUCCUCGAGGGCUUCUCAGGAACAGACAAUCUCUGUACCGCCAGUUCACUGCAUAACUACCAAUGCAUUUUUCUGCAAUAUGAUGCAAAAUCAAAGGCAUGGUGCUCUCAGGUGAGCUCAUGUAGGUGGCAGCUGCAGGGGCGGGGCUUGAGGCAACGCGAUACUCUGACUCGAUUGUUUUUCCCGUGAGUGCGCUCGCUCGGAGAGCAGCUGCUUCUGUCUGCUCUCGGCGAAAAUAUGGCGAUAGUCAGCGGGCUAGGAAUUAGAGAUGUAACAAAAAGCAUUUUUUACUAGUUUUACUGUUUUAAAGAGUUUGAGAAUAUAUACCAACCGUCAGAAGAGUGAAAUAACGUUUUUGAAUGCUGCUUUAUUGAGUUGGCUAGUGCUUAUAACGCAGAUUAGGAGUGCUGCCAUUUUUUCAGAGUAACGUCAGGACAGAGCUGGAAUCAUGACUGCAAGUACAGGAGGUGGGAGCUGUUUAGGCAUGAGUCUGUCUGCUCUAAAGAGACUUGACCCCUAUAUCAGCAGCAUCACAGACCUGGCCAGCCAAGUAGCGCUCUACACAUUCAACAACUUUACAAAUGAAUGGGAGAAGACAGAUGUGGAGGGAACUCUUUUUGUCUAUAACAGACUCGCUUCCCCCAGGCAUGGCUUCACCAUCCUGAAUCGCUUGAGCAUGGAAAAUCUGACAGAACCCAUCACUAAAGAAUUAGAUUUUCAGCUGCAGCAUCCGUUUCUCCUGUACAGGAAUGCCCGCUUGUCCAUCUACGGAAUUUGGUUUUAUGAUAAAGAAGACUGUCAACGUAUUGCAGAACUCAUGAAGACUUUGGCAGGACAAGAACAGCAGUUACAGGUACAGGUGCAGAGCAGCAGCGUAUCUCCACGAUCGGCGGAGCAGGGGGUGGAUAUACUGCAGAUGCUCACUAAAGCACGAGAUGAUUAUGACAAGGGGAAAAUCCCUUCUGAACCAAAAGAGAUUGGCAGUGGUGGCGUCAUCUACGGAAACCCACAUCUUAUUAAACCUAUUCCCCUUAAACCUGCACAAGACCAGCACAUACAGGGACAAACACAGCAGGAUGGAGAGAUGAACCCCAAACACUUCUCUGUCACCGCUUUGUUUGGUGCUCAGCCAAAGCCAGACUCGGUCUCCCCACAGCCCAGCUCAAGUGUCAACAGGACGGGCCCAGCUCGAUCAACAGUAGCCCGUUCUUUGUCUUACGAUGACCCGUCCCCAUCAAGUGGCCCUGUGGUUUCCAACCCCCCUAUGCAACACUGUCCAGCCAUCCACAAGCUCAUGUCUGGGUCCCUGCUGCAGCCACUGUCUGAGUCCCCAAAGAGCUGUCUCUGUGAAAACGGAGCUGUCCAGAACCAGCCUGACCCAAUACAAAGACUGUUAAUGAACCCACCUCCUGUGACAGAGGUUUCGCCCGGCCUGCAGGGAGAAUGUGGGGUGGGGCCCCAAAUCCACCCUAAUCCUAAAGUAUCAGGAUCGACCCAGGCACAGUACUUGCUGUAUGUCCCUCCCAACAAAGCGCCCCCUGCUGGGGUGGGAAGCGGUGAAGUGUCACCCCAUGAGCUUCUGCAGAGGCUCACUUUGGUGCAGAAGGAGCAGGAACUCAACCCCCGUCAGGAGCUCUUACAGUCCAACCUGACCACCGGCAACUCCAGUCUCAGCAAAACCAAUCCAGCACAGGUGAUCUCACCACAACGUAUCCCAGCAACAGUAGCUCCAACCCUCCUCCUGUCACCCAGCAUGUUCGCUAAGACUAAAACCACAACCACCAGAACAACAGCAGAACCCGAACCCAGAGCACUUAGCAAAACUCAGCUACAGGCCACACUGCUCCAUCUCAUUACGAACGAUGUCUCAUUUCUAGACACCAUCUAUGAAGCAUAUGUCUCCCGUCUAGCAACAGACUCCAGCUCAAAACCUUUCUGAAGCGGGAACACCAUCUGCAGACACAAACGCAAAGCUUUCACACUCUGGACACAUGCUGUCAUCCCAACUCAGGACUCCCCCUGCUGUCGUGAGUGUAGAGCUUGUAGCAUUCAGUAAGUUGACACAAGAUUUAUGUCAGGUUGUGGCUAAAUUGGAUGAUCUAAAUGUCAUAUCAACCUGCGAUUUUAGAUUUCUGAAUCUUAAAAAGUAUUUUAAUAUUCUUGGGAGGAAUUUUAUAAUGGAUUUUACAGCUUUCAGAUAGCAGGGCAAGAAAUGUGAUGUCUGUAAUAUCAAGGAAAAGGGGAUUGAUUGGAAUGACAUUUUCCUUUUUAAUGAAAGCAUCAUUUUUAAUGUAGCAUAUCUUAACAGUGCCAAGAAAUAAAAGAGUUUGUAGACUGCACCAUGGACUCUUAUAUAAUAUAAAAAAGACAUAUUUUGACAGAAAUCAGGAUAAGCUCAGACAUAAAUGUCUUGGUUUCCUGCAUUUAUCAUAGGUAAACCAUACAGAGACCACAUCCCUGCCCAAACCAGCACGAAUAGUUUAUUCUUUAGGUUAGGUUUUCACAUCUUAUCUUACAGAGGAAACAGAAAUGGAUUUUGUUUAAAUGGUGUACAAAACAUGUACAUAUAAAUAUAUUAUAUUUUUCUAUGGGUGUUUCCUUUGUUUUGAUCAACAUGCUGGAUUUUGUUAGGUGACCCCUUUUUCUCAUAAACUCAGUUAAUGCCAUCAAGUGUUCAACAGUCAGCUGGUCAAUUUGAAGACAUGCUGACAAUUUUUCUUUCAUUGUUUUGCUUAUUAAAAAAUUUCCCACCACCCCA